AUGACUCUCUCAUUGCCCGACUUUGAUGACUUGCCGCCCGUUGAGGGCGUGCCCCAGGGUUGUGCGUGGGGUAUCUUCGACCAAGAUGGCCAAAAAGAUGUCUACGGGACACUGAAUCUACUAACGCCCGAUGUGGUCAAGGCCGCUGCGGAGGAAGUUCGUCACGGUAUCUCGAUUUCACUCAACUGGCCUAUCGGGAGCAUCAAAAUCCCUGGAUUCUUUCGAAAGAGCCUCAAUCACACGGUCGUGAAGCUUGAAGACCCGCAUGCAAACUUGCACUAUGGAUUUGAUGACGAGGUCGAAUUCAAUACUCAGGCCAGCAGCCAGUGGGAUAGUCUCUGUCACUUCAUGCAUCUUCCAACUGGAAAGACGUACAACGGAGUCACCCCUACCGUGAAGGACAUGCAAAAUCCUACCAAAGGUUCUCAAAAGCUUCCCACCCUUGACCACUGGCACGACCGUGGCUGCGUUGCUGGACGAGGUGUUCUCAUCGACUUCAAGUCAUACGCGGAUGCCGAAGGACUCAAGUACGACCCAUUCAGUGGUUUUCGCAUUGGAAUUGCCGACAUCGAAGCAGUUGCAGCCUACCAGGGAGUCACCUUCCGACAGGGCGAUAUCCUAAUCAUCCGAUUCGGAGUCACCGAGGCACUGGGCCAGAUGACUCCCGACGAGCAAACCUCUGCCUUGUCGACUUAUAGUUACUGCGGUGUCGACGGUACCAAAGAGAUGGCCCGCUGGCUGUGGAACCAGCACUUUGCUGCCAUUGCCAGCGACAAUGUUGCGGUCGAGGCUAUGCCCCCUAUCGUCGAUGGGGAAACGAAGCCAUUGACGCAGCUUGUUCUUCACCAAUGGUGCUUGAGUCUUUUUGGCAUGCCGCUCGGAGAGCUUUGGUAUCUCAAAACUUUAGCCACGCAUUGCAAGGGAAACCAGAAGUACACUUUCCUUCUGACUUCAGCACCGCUGAAUGUACCUGGAGCUGUUGGCAGCCCCCCAAAUGCGCUUGCACUUCUUUGA